AAUGUAUGAGAUAAUAUGACGUGCAUAGCGUCCAGAUUGACGCAAUUUGUUGAACAUUAUAACAUAACUUAGGUUUAUAAUAAUGGGUAAUUGUAUACGAAGUUUACUAAGAAGGUUACAACGAAAGAGAUGUACCGAAAAGACUAUUAUUUUACUGAUCGUGGGCCUUGAUAAUGCGGGAAAGACCUCUGUUUUGAACCGUAUAAGUGGUGAUUCAGACAAAAGUGUAUUACCUACAAUAGGAUUUCGAACAGUUUCGUUAAGAUAUAAGUCAUAUGUGGUUAAAAUUUAUGACAUUGGAGGUAGCUCACAAAUCAGAUCCUUGUGGACAAAAUACUACAGCGGUAUACAUGGUCUUAUAUAUGUGGUGGAUGCUAGUGAUAUUUCCCGUCUUACAGAAAAUAAAGUUGUAUUUGGUGAAUUAAUUUCACAUGAAUGUAUUUCAGGGAAACCGUUAUUGUUGCUUGCAAACAAACAAGACAUAUCAGGGGCUAUAGAUGAAUUAGAUCUUGUUGAAAACUUAGAUGUUGAACAUGCUGCUAAUACUAUGAAAUGUCCUACAAGAGUGGAGAUAUGUUCAUGUACUGGAGGAGAAAGUCAAUCAAAAGGUACCACUACAGGCAUUAAAAAUGGCUACAAAUGGCUAUUGGACACAGUAGCAAAGAAUUACACUGUAUUAAACAAUAGAUUCAAGGACACACAAAAUGUUCGAAAUGAUAAAGUUAUAGAAGUACGAUCUACAACACCAGACACAUUAUCAAGAUUGUCAAUUCAUUCUAACCCUUUCAAACCAAUCAGAGAACUAGUUAUGAAAAGGGAAGAAAUUGACCCAAUGAGUGUUUCACAUUUAAAUAAUGGUGUUGCUUCUGGAACUAAACUGAAGAAAAUGUUUAUGCACAAAAAUAAGACUGCACCACUUACUACUGAAGAAUCUGUUAUUGAAAUUGAUGAUAUAUCAGAAAGCACAAAGUUUACCACUAGACCUUUAGGAACUCAAAAAAGUCUUCAAACACUUCCACCAGUGGCAUUGAAUACAUUUUCAAAUUCAGUUAAAUUAAAACCAAAUCGUCCAUAUACCGCUCCAGAACGUUCACAACAUUUUGUAAAUAAAAUAACAAUAAUCAACAUUCCUGGUCAAGUGACAGAAGGUUAACAUUAUUUAUUGUACUUAAGUAAUAAACAGGGACCAUUACGAAUAAAUAUAAUAAAAAAAAAUCAAAAAUUAUAUGGAGACAAAUAUUUUUAACAAUGAAGUUAUUAUUUUUUGACUGCAAAUCGACUGAUAAUUUUAACGCAAAAAUGCAAUAUUUAAGAAAUAUUUAAUAUAUAUUAAACAAUUUCCUUAUAUCUAUACAUAGUGUAAGAUAAUUUCCAGUAAUGUUUAUUUUUUAUUAUGCAAUUAUUUCUGUACGAGUUAAAAUAUGAAAAAAAAAAAUAAAUUGUGAAGAAACAAAUAAUAUCUGUAUGUACUUACAA